CGCUUAAAGAUUAGUUGUGUCAUAGAUUUCGGUGGUGAAUUGUUCCAAUAAUUUUUUGUACGCCGAUCAAUUUAUUUUAAUCGCUUCGUUUAAAAUUUCAGUCAAUUUGACAGAAAAAUAAGAAGUUAUCUUUUACUUUAAGAUAAUAUUUUUAAUAAUGAUCAAUUCAGAAGAGAAGACUGUCAAUGAUACAAUUAAACCCUGUAAUGGAUCAAAGACACUUUCAAAUGCCGAACCGGAGAAAUAUUCAUAUCCAAAACGUGUAUUUCUUAUCUUUGGAAGCGAAUUCUGUGAACGCUUCAAUCUUUAUGGUUUCAAAACAAUUUUGGUUUUUUAUUUGACUUAUAAACUGGGAUAUACUGCAAAUGAUGCGAGUGUAGUCUUCCACGUAUUUACUGCCGCGAUGUUUUCUACAACUAUGUUUGGCGGCAUCCUCUCUGACGUAUGGUUGGGAAAAUUUAAUACCAUUUUAUAUUUAUCGUUGCUCUAUUUAAUGGGAAGUAUCAUUAUUUCAAUCGGAGCCGUUCCAUUUAUUGACUUCUCACCAAACAUCGCUCUCAUGAUUGGCUUAGUUUUGAUUGCCAUCGGAGCUGGUGGCAUUAAACCGUGCGUUGCAGCUUUUGGUGCUGACCAAUUCAAAAUGCCAGAACAAGCACACCAAAUUGCCCCAUAUUUUUCAUUGUUUUACUUCACAAUGAAUGCUGGUGCUAGCCUUUCCACUGUCAUUACUCCACUUCUGAGAGCAAACGUGCAUUGUUUUGGAGAUAAUGAUUGUUAUUCACUUGCUUUCGGAGUUCCUGCUGUUUUAAUGAUUAUUUCCAUCGUAUUUUUUGUGAUAGGUAAAUCGUCGUACACUCAUGUCAAAACAUCAUCAGAAAAUAUGAUAAUUCGCAUGUACAAAUGCACAAAGCAUGCGAUUUCCGCCAGAAGACGCGAAAAAGGAGAUAAAUCACAUAAAAAUCUACUUGAUUACUCUAUAGACAAGUAUGGAGCUGAAUUCAUUGACGAUAUAAGGAUCCUCUUGCAGAUUUUGGUACUCUAUUUGCCGUUUCCUAUCUUUCAUGCGUUGCUCGAUCAAAUUGGAUCUCGAUGGAGUCUUCAAGCCAGCAAUAUGAAUGGUGAUCUUGGGUUUUACACCAUAGAACCAGAUCAAAUGCAAAUGUUGGACGCACUUAUGUGCCUAACGUUUGUUCCAUUGUUCGAUACCAUACUUUAUCCAAUAAUGGGUAAAAUCGGUAUUCGACAACCAAUUCAUAAAAUAAUAAUUGGUGGAAUUUUGAUUGGAUGUUCGUUCUUGCUCGCCGCAUUUCUCGAAUUUUCUAUUGUUAGGUCACCUGAACAUUCGAUAAAUAUGUUGUGGCAAAUACCACAGUAUGUAAUUUUGACGUUGGGUGAAGUUAUGUUUUCGGUAACCGGAUUAGCAUUUUCUUAUGACCAAGCACCUGCAAGUAUGAAAUCUGUCGUACAAGCAUUUUGGCUUUUAACUAUUGCAUUUGGUAAUGUUGUUUUUGUGGCUGUAAUCAAAAUGAAAAUUGUUGAAACACAAACAUUUGAAUUCAUUCUAUUUGCUGCUUUAAUGUUUAUUGCACUUUUUAUACUUGCGAUUUUGGGCAAUUUCAAUAGAAACAUUUCACAAAAAGCUAAUGCAAGCAAUGUUCACGAAUGUGAAAGUAUCGAAACAAUCAGUAUAAAAAAAUAGACAAAAAAUAAAAAAAACGUAAUUUGUGCGAAAAUUAUAAUACUGCUUGAAAAUUUAAAUAAAACUCCAAUGUAUU